CAAAAACAUCAACCCCACCCACAUCCCACAUCCGCAAACCUGCCCUGCCCUGCAUCUGCUGCAUCCGAGUCUUGCUGCUCGCCUGCGACCGGAAAACUCACCUAGAUCGAUCCACUGCUCCGUCGUCUCCCGCCGUCGAGGUAUUUGAUAUCUGGACUCGCUGGUUCCUUACUGCCUCCUUCGGUCUUGGUGGAUAUUGCAAUGGCAAUCCAUGAAGAUUCUAGUCCCCAAAACAAGAAAUCAAGUGAUUCCUUGGAUGAGAUACAGGCUUUGAAUGCUGAAAAUUUGCAAAACAACGCAAGAAUCAUCAAUUACAGCCGUACAUUCAUGUCUAUCAUAGGCGGAGUUAUUGCAGGGAUUUUGGGAUUCACUGGCUUGAUGGGAUUCGUUUUCUAUUUCUUUGUUAUGGCAAUAACUACGGCAGGACUUGCAGCAAAGACUGGGUUUGCUGUUCAUUCUUAUUUUGAUAGCUGGAACCGGAUUGCACUAGAUGGCAUUCUAGGUGGACUUAUGUCGUUCGUGCUAUUCUGGACAUUUGCAUACGAUAUGGUGCAUAUUUUCUGAAGAAUCCAAGAAGGAAGGCUGUUUCAGAGUGCAAGGACUAUUGGAACUCUCUUUUUGAGCACCGCGAACACUCUCCAAUGUACUUUUGGUGCGGUUGAUAUGAUUUUGAUAUAUAUAUUAUAUAUAUAAAUAUGUCAUAAUGAAAGAUUGGCUGCCUUAAAGUGAAGAAUGUACUUGUUGGGUAACUGAAUUUGAAACUGUAUUCUCGCUUAGUGAUAGAUCAUUGUUGGGUAUUGCUGACAAUAAUUGUUAGGUAGCCAGCAAGUGUUGGGUGAGUUGAUUUGUCUUAAGGCAAGUUCCAGAA